AUGCGGAUGCCUUUUGGCUAUGCAGCAAACCAGGCGUUUGAGAAAAUGUCUAGCUAUGGGAUCAUGCUAAACAUGGUUCUGUAUUUUACUAGACAUUAUGGCAUGCAAGCUGCUAAAGCUACCAAUAUUAUCCUCCUAUGGUCUGCAGCUAGUUAUUUCACACCAGUUCUUGCUGCUUUUCUUGCUGAUUCUUACUUUGGUCGUUUCACUAUCAUUGCCUUUGGAUCUUUUCUCACUUUACUAGGAAUGCUACUUUUUUGGCUAACUGCUAUAAUUCCAAACCUAAGUCCAUGUGAUCAAUUAACUAUGAUCUGCAACUCUCCAACAACAUCACAACUUGCAUUCUUAUACUUUUCUCUAUGCCUAAUGGCCAUUGGAGCUGGUGGUGUAAGAGCCUCUUCCUUAGCCUUUGGAGUUGACCAACUAAACAAGAAAGAAAGAGAUGAAGGAAUCAUAGAGCGAUACUUUAAUUGGAGCUUUGCUUUAACAGGAGCUGCAGUCUUAAUUGGAAUGACCAUUUUGGUUUAUAUUCAAGAAAAUUUUGGAUGGAUUGUUGGAUUUGGUGUUCCUGUUGUUCUUAUGUUUAUAUCCACGCUAUCUUUCUUUUUAGCUUCUUCACUUUAUGUUAAGGUUGAACCUAAAGGGAAUGUGAUUAGCGAGUGUGCUCGUGUCGUUGUCGCGUCUUACAAAAACAGAAACCUCAACUUACCAUCGCCAAAUGUCUCGAAUGAUGGCGGGUACUAUUAUGAUAAGGAUUCGGAAAUGCUUAUGCCUAGCGAUAAACUAAGGUUUUUGAACAAAGCAUGCCUUAUACAAAAUCCACAACAAGAUUUUACACAAGAUGGAAGACUCAAAAGCCAAUGGAGCCUUUGCACAAUAGAUCAAGUAGAAGCAUUCAAAUCAAUGAUAAAGAUCAUUCCAAUUUGGAUAACAGGAAUGAUAAUGUCUAUAAAUUUUAGCCAA